GCGGAAUCCCCGGGCGGGCGCGGGCAGUGCCACUGGAGGCCCGGCGGUUUCAGAGCUUCGCCCGGGACGACGAACCGCAGACGACCCGUACGCAAAACUCGGUCGUAGUUAGCCGUGUUCGAAGGAUCGAAAGGGGGCCGUAAUCGCGCGAGGACGUAAGCCGCGACCCCCUUGGUGACCACGGGCCCCGCGUCGUCGUAACCGUGAUAACCGUUUCGAUCGUGGAAACAUCUCUCUCUCUCUCUCUCUCUCUGGGGAGACGCGACAGAUCGGAGAGCAGAGACACGUUGGUAAAACCACACCAACGUGUGCGGUGGACCGCACGACGACGAUAUAUAUAUAUAUAUAUAUAUAUAUACAUAGGAUAACAUGGUACACGGGUAGAGAGGAUCGACGAGGUGCGACGAUUGAUUUUGGAGAUAAUAUGUGAUCAGUGAACAACGAUUCGGAGAGGAGAGGAGAACGAUCGGUGGUGUAAAUCCGUAAAAAGGGUAAAUUGUGCGCGAGAAAGAAGGGGGAAAGGGGCGCCGACGAAGGGUGACAAAGCAUAUAUACAUAUAUAUAUAUAUAUACUAUAUAUAUAUAUAUAUAUAUGAUACUAUGCACGAGGUGGUCUGGUAGCGUCGAGCAGCAAGGAGGAUGAACAGAGUGACGACGGAGGGUUAGGAGUGCGAGAGAGGGUGGACCGGCGGGGGCUUGGUGUGCUGGUUGUUUUGAGAUGUCAGUGGACCCGUCGAAGGCAACUGCGUCGUCGUUCCCGUCGUCGUCGUCGUCGCCGCCGUCGUCGUCGUCGCCGUCGUUAUUACUGCGCCCGUCGUCAUCAUGAGGAGAUCCCCUUACGUGAAUUACUACGUCCUGUGCCUCGUGUGCUGGAUUCUCCUAGGCAUCACCGGGGUGAGCACAAGAUCCCAUUCGUUAGUGAAGAGGUUCGACGGGAUUUACACGGGCCCGUACUUCGACUCAAACACCCCCACGAACAUCACGGCUCAGCUGGGGAGCCAUGCUUACCUGCCGUGCAAAGUGCGACAGCUCGGUAAUAAAUCGGUGUCGUGGAUCCGAAGAAGGGACUCGCAUAUCCUCUCAGUAGAUAGAACCAUGUUUAUCCCGGACGAAAGGUUUCAAGCGCUUUUCGUAGAUGCGUCGGACACUUGGACCCUGCAGGUUAAGUACGUGCAGGCACGCGACGAAGGCGAGUACGAGUGCCAAAUCUCGACCGACCCGAAGAAGAGUCACAUCAUCAAGCUCAACAUCGUCGUGCCAAAGAUCGAGAUCAUAGGCGACCGCGACAUGUACGUGAAGACCGGAAGUACAGUUGCGAUACGAUGUGUGAUCAAGCAAUCCCUCGAGGGCCCUUUCUACGUUUUCUGGUACCACGAGGGUGACCGCGUCCUGGACUACCAACUGAACAAGAUCGACAUCCAGACGAAGAGGAUCGAUCACGACACGGUCAGCAGUCUCCUGAUCCAUAAAGCGAGGCGGGAAGAUUCGGGCAAUUACACUUGCAGUCCGAGCAGUUUGGACAGCGCAAGCGUGCAACUUCACGUGUUGAAUGGGGAGCAUCCUGCAGCGAUUCAAAGAGGGAUCAGCUCGGCACCGGGUGGCUGCCCGACGUUGUGGUGGCUGGCAGGCGUCGUCACGCUUUAUUCGAGUCACGGUAGCCGCCUCUUCGUCCUCGCCCUUCUCAUCCUCAUGGUCCUCUAUUCGAAGAAUCCAUCUUACUUCGCGCCGGAACGAUAAUCAGAAACGGGAGCUGGACUGUGUCGAAAGAUGAUCGAUUAUCUCCUGCUACGAGACCUGGAAGGCGCCUCGAGGGAACGUUACAUCAGGAGGAGGCAAGGGAAAGUGCACGCGGAGGGCUUCUUCGGAAAAAAAGACUUCGUGGACGAUGAAAGAGGAGGGAGAAGUUGAUCGAGGGAACGAUGGAAAACCGCGAGAGAACAGCGCGACGAGAAACUGCUGCAUGCGUGUUCACGUUCGAAGAUAACCGAGAGAAAUAUCGAGAAAUAUCCUUCAUCCAACCGAAUUUCAUUGUCGAGUUCGUUCGUCGCAAAAAAAAAAAAAAAAAAAAUAGAUUUCGAAUAAGUGUCGGCUUUCUUCGUUUAACGCGGCUCAGUGAUCGAGUUUCGUCGAGAAAUUAUAAAUGUACAUUGAGAAAGGAAAAAUCUUCACAACGAAGGAUCGAAGGUCCUGCUUUUCGAACGACUCGAUCCAUUAUCAAUUAAGGAUCCGUGAACGACGAUUUUAUUCUGUGAACGUGGUUAUAAGGGAAAUUCAGGAUAAAGUACGUUUCGCGUGUCGAGAUAGUAUGAUCCGGCCGUUAGCAAUUAGGGGUUAAUUAAUCUCGGGGGGAGAUUACCCGUGAUAUCGGCGCGAGUUCUUCACGCGGUCGAAAAGUGGUUAUUUAUGAUCGAGCGAUGGACAAAACGAACGACACGAAGUUUGCGAACACCCUCCCUCUAAUCCUCAUCUUCAAAUGCGGGACAACAACAAGACGAAUUUUUUAUAGGAAUUAUACAUAUAAAAAUAUACGAUCUUCCAAUGUGUAUUUCAAACACGCGCGAUAUAGAACCUUUUAUACCCUCGUUACGCAUCCUCCAUCGUUCUAUAACGAAUCAUUCUAACUGAUCGCUGAAUCGUCAUCACGAAAUCAUUGUACAUAUUUGCCUAUAUAAAAAGUGACACUGUCGUGUUAAAUGAUCGUGUAAAAAAAAA